UAAAACCUUGAAUGGAUGCUAGAAUGCUGAGUGUGUUGGAGAUGUUUGGUGCAGAGAUCCUGCUGAUAAGAAGUUCCUCUGGAGGAGGCAGGAUGAACCAGCAGGGGAGGUGUUGGAUGUGGGCCGUCACAGAGGAAGACGCCGUUUCAGUCACUCUGUGUUCUGCACGGCAGCUGUCAGAAACUUCAGGAGUCUGAAGAAACAAAUCCAGACGUUUCCUCACAGCGACAGCAGCUCUGCUGAGGACAACAUGGAGAACAAGAAUCCUGCAGACGUGAACAGGCUGAAGGAGGCGGUCCUGGGCUUUGCUUUGGGGGCGUUAGGAGGCUGCAUUCUGGGCGUCACUGAGGAUCCAGUAGACCGGAUCCUCCUGGUGAUGACUGCAGAAGGUCCACUGACUCCUGUCAUGCAGGAGGUGCAGACGGUGGGUCCUCUGGGUCUCGGCACUCUCCUGGGAGCCACGGCGUUGACCACGGCGACCACGUCGGUUAUAGCCGGCGUGAUUCUGGCUGCAGCGGUGGCUUCAGUGUUUGUGGCCCUGAAGAACUGCGGGGCCUCCUUCACGCCGUCUGCCGGCUUGUGGGUGUCUGCGGGGGUCGCCGGCGCCUUUGGGACCACAUUAAGUGGAGCCACCUUUGGGGCCACUGUUGAAUGGAUCGUAAACAGGUACAGCAUGGUGGGACUGUUUUGGACUCUGAGCCUGUUUACAGUCCUCAAACCGCCUCUUAGCUUCCUGUUCAAAAUCCUCUGGAGCCGAGGAGAAGCAUGCUGCAGUCUGGGGUCAGAGGUCAGCUCCAGGGAGAGGGAGCAGAUUGAAAUGGCGCAGUGGCAGCAGAGACAGCGGCUGGCGAUGCAGAUGGAGCAGAGGAUCCUGACUCUGGAGAAAGGAGGCAGCCCAAACGGAGCGGUUUCCAGGGAAACACGAGCCUACGAGCAAAGGGAGAGGGAGGAGCUAGAGAGGAGGAGGACGGACAAGGAAGAAGCUGAGAUGCAGCAGAGAACCAUCCAAGACUGGAUCAACACAGUGGUGAUCAAGCACGUCGACUUCCUGGCCUUUUCUGGGAUCCCGAUGACAGUGGUUGCCAUAGUAACCUCCGGGUUCGGCAUGUCUGGUUACGGAGACCAUCAGGCCGCGCUCAUCGCUCUUUUGGCUUUAGUUGCAAUCAUUACGUACUUUCUUCUGAGUUCCAACAACUUUAAGUUCUGGAUGCUGGUUGGAUGCAUGGGGAUGUUAGCCACCUUUGUCAUCGCCAUGCUCACUCUGCACGCCGGCCAGACGGCCCUGAUGGACGCCAAGAAGAUGAGAGCGGCGGGGCGGAGCCAGAGCAGAGAGGACAUUGGCAGCAGGAUGAACCUCCAGUCCUCUCUAGAAGCUCUGAAUGCAGCUUUCUUUGUGGCCAAACUGUGUCAGUUGGGUCUGGGGGCUACAGUUGGGGGGGCCCUGGUGAGGCGAGGAGCUGGGGAGGCUAAAGUGAUCGCGGGGGCGGCGGCGCUGGCUGGAAGUUUGCUAGCAGGACAAGUGGUUUUGGCCCCCGCUCUGAGUGAGGGGGGGAACGCUGGAGCGCUGCUGGGUGUGGUCGCUACGGCGGGGGUGUCUGUUGGGGGGGCGGCGGCUGCAGCUGGAGGCUCCUCCUCCUGGUGGGGAACUCUAGCAACAAUGGGAGGGUUGGUUUUAGGGGCGUUGGCUUUGGGACAAUGGCACGCCGUUAACAUUGGACUGCAGGUGCCGGCGGCUUUUGUCUUUGCCAUGAUCAAUCCGUUUUAGUCCGUUUGUCCUCAGAGGAUAAAAUCCUGAACUUAGAGGUAAAGGAAGUCAUGAUGGACGCUUAAGAGGUAGUUAAGAUAAUCUGACUCAUCGGUGCUCUUCAGAAGAAUAUUGUGAACAAUGUGUCAUUUAUUUGAACUUUACAUACUUGAUUGUUUACAGAGUACAAACACAUAUACCGGUAAAUGUUUUUAAAACUGAAAGUCUUGUUGAUUAGAAAAGACAUCACUCAGGUUGGAGGUUUUGUCCUGAAACUCCUUCACUAAGUAUCUUUUAUCAAAUGAAUUAAAUGUAUUCUGUUUUUGUUUAUGUAGCUCAUUAUCGUUAAUGAGAUAAUUGUAUAUUUAAUUUGGGCUGAAACAGAACAAAGGCGGUUGGAGUUGAUAAGCUUUUAGCUUCAUCCAAAGUCCUUUUUCAAACUGAACAUCUUUUAUUACAUUCAAGAUUGACUGUGGGAUAAUUUGCAUUGUUUCUUUUAUUUUUGUUUGUUUGUUUGUUUGACGGUUUUUUGUCUUUCUUUUGUUGU